AUGGCCUUGUUCCAGGAGAUUCAGACACCUGUCGUGAAAUACAAUCAGCCUCUGGGAUUAUUCAUAAAUAAUGAGUUUAUUAAAGGCAUUGACGGCAAAACAUUUGAAACAAUCAACCCUCAUGACCAAAACUUAAUUGCAGCUGUUCACGAGGCUACUGAGAAAGAUGUCGAUUUGGCUGUUCACGCAGCUCGCGCAGCCUUUGAAGGGUGUUGGAGCACAGUCACGCCGAGCGAGCGUGGCAAAAUGCUAACAAAACUGGCCGACCUUAUGAUGCGCGACAUCCAGAUCCUGGCUGCAAGCAUUUCGCUCGAUUGUGGCAAGGUUUUCAGCGCAGCCAUGCUUGAAAUCUCCAGCUCCGCCGACUGCAUUCGCUAUUACGGCGGAUGGGCCGACAAAAUAGUUGGCCAGACAAUAGACACUGAUGCGGCCAGCCUUACGUACACGCGACAUGAACCACUGGGUGUUUGCGGCCAAAUCAUACCAUGGAAUCUCCCUAUUUAUCAGGCCGUGUGCAAAGUAGGUCCUGCGGUCGCAACCGGAAAUACUGUCGUUCUCAAGUCGUCUGAAAUCGCUCCACUCUGUGUUCUGUACAUGGCACAGUUGGUCAAAGAUGCCGGGUUCCCUCCCGGUGUAAUCAAUGUUAUAUCAGGAUUCGGUAAAGUAGCAGGAGCAGUCAUGGCAGGGCAUAUGGAUAUCGACAAAAUCUCAUUUACGGGGUCACUUGCUACAGGCAGACAGAUCCUACGCGAUGCUGCAAACAGUAACCUCAAGAAAGUCACUCUUGAACUAGGAGGAAAAUCCCCCAAUAUUAUUUUUCCCGAUGCCAACCUUGAGCAUGUGAUGUCCUGGGUUAAUCUGGGAGCUUUUUUCAACCAGGGGCAAGUUUGCUGUGCAGGAUCUCGGGUUCUUGUUCAUGAGGCCAUAUAUGACCGUUUUCUGGACAUGCUCAAAAAGUGCACGGAAAUCAACAAAAUAGGGGACCCCUUUGAUCCAAGUACUUUUCAGGGACCCCAAAUCUCACAGACACAAUUCAAUCGGGUUAUGGAUUAUAUCGAAGCUGGAAAAAAGGCUGGUGCAACAGUUAUCGCUGGUGGAAACCGAGUUGGUUCAGAAGGACUCUACAUCCAGCCCACUAUUUUUACGGACGUCCAUGACGAUAUGACGAUUGUCAAAGAUGAGAUUUUCGGUCCUGUGUGUACAGUUCACAAGUUCAAGGACGAGAGCGAGGCCAUCCGAGUUGCCAAUAACACUCAUUAUGGACUCGCUGCGGCUGUUCACACAAGCAAUCUCAACACCGCGAUACAAGUAUCAAAUUCCAUCAAAGCUGGAACCAUAUGGGUCAAUAGCUUCGGCCUUGUGAGUCCUCAGAUGCCGUUUGGUGGCUACAAGCAGUCGGGCUUCGGCCGAGAGAUGGGCUCAUAUGCACUAGAGGCCUACACCCAGACCUGCUGGAAUGCUGGCAAAGCAUGUGUGUUUGAAAUGCCACCCACGGCACGCAGCCGCUUCCCCGGUAGAAGCAGAAAUAUUGCGGGACGAGCAUCUGUUGAUCGUUCUCAGACGUCUCACAUGAGUAUGCAGAUUAGCUAUGAAAAUGGUUUGCAUCGUACCGACUCAGAAUACCCUGGGACUCCUGCAACAGAACCGACUUAUCAAUCGACUGAGCGCAGUAAUUCUGAAAAGCAACCACAAGUUCAGCUUGAUCAUCCCAUGUCUACAAGUUUUGAUGACCAUCAUACCCAUGAUGCAAGGAUAUUGUCACCAUUUAACGGGGUUAAAGAGGCCGCAGUUGUGCAGCACGUUAGAUCGCUUGAUCAAUUGGCCUCUUCCACUGCUCAACUCUUUGGCACCUCGGCCGAGUCUGAUCCGUGGCUGCUUCGUCAUUGCAAGUAUGACGAGAAUGGCAUUCGCAGUUUCCAUCGUAUCGAUUUUCGCAACGUGGGGGGAGUGCCAGUAGAAGGUCUAGUUCCAGUGCAUUUUCUUCUAACUGAGGAUUCCUUGUUGAAAUCAGCGAAGGAUGCCACUGCAUCCUGCCCUGGAAAGGGCUCACAGGAAAAAAGACAGGAGCUAGAUGCCUUAAUUCCACCAGGGUAUGGGUGGCGACUAAUCCUCUUGUUUAUGCGGUUCGUUUUCCCAUCCAUGCCGGUAAUCUCAAGGUCUCAGCUGUGCAGCAUCUGGAAUAAAUCCUUGCAGAGUAUUUCACCCCACUUCCUCGCGGCCGUGUAUGCGUCCGCACUCCCAUUCAAGGUUCAUGAUCCGGAAUUGGUUGUUUUCGGGGCGUAUGAUGAGUCUUUGUGUGACCGACUUUGGCGAAUGGUAUAUGAGCUCAUUCUGGAGGAAAUCCAUACCCCUCACUUAUCCGUCCUUCAAGCAUGCUUAUUAUAUCUGCAACAACUCCCGACAGGAAGUCAAAGUGCCUUGGCAGACAGCCCGUUUCACUGGUCAUUUCUCGGGAGCACGGUGGCUUUGGCGGCCUCGCUCGGUCUUCAUCUCGAGCCUCGCCCGUGGGGAAUUCCAGAUUGGGAGAAACGCCUUCGAAGACGAUUAUGGUGGGCGGUUUAUCUAGAGGACAAGUGGCGUAGUUUACUUGUUGGACGCCCGCCAUUCAUUCGUCGAGAAGAAUGGGACGUGAAAGACUUGGAUGAUAUUGAUUUUAUCGUGGAUCAUCCAGAGAACAUGGGAAUUGAGCAUCCUGAAGCCUGUUUUCAAAAAGACGCUGAAGAUGGAGCAAUUUUCAAAUCCUUCGCGAAAUUGGCGCAGGUAGUGGACAAUAUUCACAACACCUUUUACACUCUUAGAGGGUCUCAAAUAAUGUCUGAAGACUUUUGGGCCUCCAUCAAUGCUGCACGACCCAUUCGUGAAGAGCUUCAGACGUGGUACAUGUCUCUACCAGAAUCUCUGCGGAUCAGGCCCCGAGAAGAAGCAACAUACGGUGCAAGAGAGAGAGGAGCGAUCGGCUCACUUCACUUUGCGUACUUGACACUUGAGUUAUUUGUAUAUCGCGCGAUUCUACGGCCCCUUGCCCGAUCGCCUCCGCCACCCCCAAUCAUCGCCGACGACAAUAGCUCACAGGACAUAGUGUGGCUUCUUGAGGACCUGGGCUAUGAUGGCCAUGGGCUUGACCAGCUCCCUGCCGUGGAUGUUUCAAAGUUUGGCGACGCAGCUGAAGCGACGUUGAACGCGGCCGAGAAAUGCGCAGGGAUCAUUGUCAACUUUGUAGGUGCACUAGCACCCAAUGACUUUGAUACGUUUUGGUAUCCAUGGACCCGGAUUUGCUUCUCGACCAUAUCUAAUUUUAUCUUUCUUCUCCUCGUUCAGGCCCCGACAGUGCAGCAUGCCUCGCAGACGAAGCACCUACUCGAUAUAUGGUCCCAGAAUCUGUGUUUCCAGUAUAGGAAUCACGAAUCUCUUUUGGCCUUUGGCCUGGUACGACUGCGUACAUUGCUGAGUGGAGGAUUGGGGCGUAACUUUGUGCUGUCUUCGCACGUUGCGGACAUUUUAAGCAUGAAUAUGGACAGGGAAGACCUAUAA